AAUAUACUGCCAUACUUCUUUUCACGAUUUCCACUCCUCCCCAAUCAUCCCACAAUUAAAUCCUCACUACGUCAUGGCCGUUGAUCCACUCUCAAUUCAAAAUCUUUUUAGUCAUACAGACAUCGUAAUUGCCCGAUUAGCGUGAUUUAAUGGAUUCAAUUGCACAUGAUGAUCCCUGAAUUCGCCUACUCAUCUACAGUCACGCUCCUCCCGCUUCAUCUGAUUCCAGUCUCCAUUCCUCCAUGGCGGCGCCGAGGAGCCUGCUAGGCGACCCGGUGGGUAGGGUGGGGGCCAUGAAGGACGAGGAGAACGCAGCGGAGGACGACUCUCCCAUUGCCAAGCGCCUCAAAUCUGAGCGAUUUCCUUUCACGCGAUGGGAACUCGUCGUGUUUGUUUGUGUCUUUCUUAUCUUCUCGACGGGGCUCUUCUGCGUCUAUUUGACAAUGCCUGCAGCUCAGUUCGGCAAGCUCAAGCUGCCACGCACUGUUUCGGAUCUCCGUAUGCUAAAGGACCAUCUGGCGGCAUAUGCAAAGGAUUAUCCGGCACAAUUUAUUUUGGGUUACUGCUCAACUUAUAUAUUCAUGCAGACAUUUAUGAUUCCUGGAACAAUUUUCAUGUCUCUGCUCGCUGGAGCACUUUUUGGUGUUGUUCGAGGCCUUGCCCUAGUUGUCUUAAAUGCAACAGCUGGAGCAUCAUCCUGCUUUUUUCUUUCUAAGUUGAUUGGCAGACCGUUAGUUUGUAGGUUAUGGCCUGAAAAGUUAAGAUUUUUUCAGGCAGAGAUAGGGAAGCGUCGGGAAAAGCUGCUGAAUUACAUGCUUUUUCUGAGGAUAACUCCAUCAUUGCCUAACCUUUUCAUUAAUUUGGCAUCUCCCAUUGUUGACAUACCAUUUCACAUUUUCGUUUUGGCAACUUUGCUUGGUCUUAUUCCAGCCUCCUUUAUCACUGUCAGAGCUGGCCUGGCUCUUGGUGAUCUGAAGUCAGUCAAGGAUCUGUAUGGUUUCAAAACUUUGUCUGUGCUUUUCCUUAUCGGAUCCGUAAUUAUAAUUCCUACCCUGCUGAAGAGGAAAAGAAUAUAUGAAUGAAAGUCAUGCUGUUCAAGUCUCUCCUGUCCAACCUAAAUCCGAUUAAAGUAGUAAAGGUAUCGACUUUUGAGAAUACUGAAUUAAGUGGAGCUGCAGGUCCUGGAUGGCAAUUUUAUUCCUGCCUUGGAGCUUUACUGGGCAAGUCCUCACGUUUCCAUGUAAUACCGGGGUUGGUUACUCUCCCCACUGAUGACACAAUUAAAGCUAUAGAAUCUAGAAAGCUUCCUUAGCGUUUUUCUCACCAUCUCUUGUAUCGGAAUUCAAUCAUCUCCAGUAAUAUUGACUUCAUAUGUUGUCUCUUAAUAGUAUUAUUUAGUGCAAAACUAUUACUUUGCAGUA